AUGGAUUUCAUCGACAAUCAAGCGGAAGAAUCUGAUGCCUCCACAGAUCGCUCCGACGAUGACGAGCCACAAUCAAAGAAAAUGAAAAUGGCGAAGGAUAAAUUGAAGAAGAAAAAGAAAGUUGUUGCGAGUUCUGAUGAAGACGAAGACGAUGAAGACGACGAAGAGGAAGGUCGUAAAGAGAUGCAAGGUUUCAUCGCUGAUGAAGACGACGAGGAAGAAGACGCUAGAUCUGAAAAAUCUGAUCGUUCAAGACGUUCAGAAAUCAAUGAUGAACUGGAUGACGAAGAUUUGGAUUUGAUCGAUGAAAAUUUGGAUCGUCAAGGAGAGCGGAAGAAAAAUCGUGUUAGACUGGGUGAUUCUAGUGACGAAGAUGAACCUAUAAGAAGAAGUAACCAAGAUGACGAUGAUCUUCAGUCGGAGAGAGGAAGUGACGACGGCGAUAAAAGACGCGGCCAUGGAGGAAGAGGUGGAGGCGGUUAUGAUUCUGACUCCGACAGAAGUGAAGAUGAUUUCAUCGAAGACGACGGAGAUGCUCCUCGAAGACAUCGAAAACGUCAUCGUGGGGAUGAACAUAUUCCAGAAGGAGCUGAAGACGAUGCCCGAGAUGUAUUCGGAGUCGAAGAUUUCAACUUUGACGAAUUCUAUGAUGACGAUGAUGGAGAAGAAGGAUUGGAAGACGAAGAAGAGGAAAUCAUUGAGGACGACGGAGAAGGUGGAGAGAUUAAAAUUCGUAGAAAGAGAGAUACCACAAAGAAAACAACUCUUCUCGAAUCUAUUGAGCCAAGUGAACUCGAGCGCGGAUUUCUGUCAGCUGCUGACAAGAAAAUCAUGAUUGAGGAUGCUCCAGAGAGAUUCCAGUUGAGACGAACACCAGUCACAGAAGCGGAUGACGAUGAGUUGGAACGCGAAGCACAAUGGAUCAUGAAAUUCGCAUUCGAGGAGACUACAGUUACCAAUCAAGCAGCAGUUGAUGCUGAUGGCAAACUCGAAUGUUUGAUGAACAUUGAUUCUUCUGAAAUAGAGGAUAAAAGAAGAGCGGUUGUUAAUGCAAUCAAAGCAGUUCUUCAUUUUAUUCGAGUACGAUCCAAUUCAUUUGAAGUCCCGUUUAUUGGUUUCUAUCGAAAGGAAUCUAUCGAUAACCUUCUCACAAUGAACAACCUCUGGAUUGUUUACGACUAUGAUGAAAAAUAUUGUCACUUGUCGGAGAAAAAACGAAGGCUCUAUGAUUUGAUGCGUCGUAUGAGGGAAUAUCAGGAGCUGAGUGACGAUAUCACUGCAAAACGCCGACCAAUCAACGAAAUGGAUCUAAUUGAUAUCAACUUUGCGGAAACACUCGAGCAGUUGACUGAUAUUCAUGCGAAUUUCCAACUACUCUAUGGAAGUCUACUUGAAGAUAUGACUAAAUGGGAGAAAGAACGCCGUGCUGCCGAUGGGGAGGAGACGGAAUAUCGAGCGAAGUUUAAGUCAAGCAUCCGCAACGACAAAUAUCAAAUGUGCGUGGAAAAUGGAAUUGGAGAACUAGCUGGAAGAUUCGGUUUGACUGCUAAGCAGUUCGCAGAAAAUCUUGAUUGGCGGAAACACGAUAUUGACCAAGAUUCGGCAUUUCCAUUGGAAGCGGCUGAAGAAUACAUCUGCCCUGCGUUUAUAGACAGGGAAACCGUCCUUAACGGUGCCAAGUUCAUGUUGGCAAAAGAAAUCAGUCGGCAGCCUUUAGUUCGAAGCCGUGUUCGUCAAGAAUUCCGUGAUAAUGCUCACUUCUGGGUGAAACCAACUAAAAAAGGAAGAGACACCAUCGAUGAGACUCAUCCACUGUUUAAUAAGCGAUACAUCAAGAACAAGCCUAUUCGAAAUCUCACAGAUGAGGAAUUCCUUUAUUAUCAUAAAGCUAAACAAGACGGUCUCAUUGAUAUGGUCUUGAUGUAUGAGUCCGAUGAAGACCAGGCAGCAAACCAAUUCCUAGUGAAAAAGUUCCUCAGUGAUUCGAUUUUCCGCAAAGAUGAGUACACUGACAAUGUCGAGCAGUGGAACGCAGUGAGAGAUCAAUGCGUGAACAUGGCAAUCACAGAGAUGCUUGUACCAUACAUGAAAGAAGAAGUUUACAACACAAUCCUCGAAGAAGCGAAAAUGGCGGUUGCUAAAAAAUGCAAAAAAGAAUUCGCUUCGAGAAUCGCUAGAUCUGGAUAUGUGCCGGAGAAAGAGAAAUUGGACGAAGAAGAUGAGGAACACAGUGCUCGUCGACGUAUGAUGGCAAUCUGUUAUUCGCCUGUUCGAGAUGAAGCAUCGUUUGGAGUAAUGGUUGAUGAAAACGGAGCGAUUGUCGAUUAUCUUCGCAUGGUUCACUUCACAAAAAGGGGUCAUGGCGGUGGAAACACUGGUGCUCUGAAAGAAGAAUCGAUGGAAUUGUUCAAGAAGUUCGUGCAAAGACGUCGUCCGCAUGCUAUUGCUCUUAAUAUUGAAGACAUGGAGUGCACUAGAUUAAAGAGAGAUUUGGAGGAAGCGGUCGCUGAGCUUUAUUCGCAAUCCAAGAUUUUCUCCCAAAUCAAUGUGUAUUUGAUGGACAAUGAACUUGCGAAAGUAUAUAUGAGAUCCAAUAUAUCGAUUGCGGAGAAUCCCGACCACCCACCAACUCUCCGUCAGGCUGUCUCGCUUGCUCGUCAGCUUCUUGAUCCUAUCCCAGAAUACGCACAUUUGUGGAAUAGUGAUGAAGAUAUUUUCUGUCUGUCUCUCCACCCACUUCAAAGAGAUAUCGAUCAAGAAAUUCUAGCUCAAUUACUCAAUCAUGAGCUAGUCAAUAGAGUCAACGAAGAAGGCGUGGAUAUUAACAAAUGUGCCGAGUUCCCUCACUACACCAACAUGCUUCAGUUUACCUGUGGAUUAGGUCCACGCAAGGCAACAUCACUUCUGAAAAGCAUCAAAGCGAACGAUAACUUGAUUGAAAGCAGAUCGAAACUUGUCGUAGGAUGCAAACUCGGCCCGAAAGUGUUCAUGAACUGUGCUGGAUUCAUUCGGAUUGAUACACGCAGAGUAUCAGAUAAAACCGAUGCAUAUGUGGAAGUUCUCGAUGGAUCUAGAGUGCAUCCGGAAACUUACGAAUGGGCGAGAAAAAUGGCAGUGGAUGCUCUAGAAGUUGAUGAUUCCGCUGAUCCCACUGCUGCUCUUCAAGAGAUUAUGGAAACACCUGAACGACUGAGAGAUCUUGAUUUGGAUGCUUUCGCCGAUGAGCUCAAUCGACAAGGUUUCGGUGAGAAGAAGGCAACAUUGUACGACAUAUCUAGUGAGCUGAGUGAAAGAUAUAAAGAUCUUCGCGCACCUUUCGUAGAGCCUUCUGGUGAAGCUCUUUAUGAUCUACUUACACGUAGCGGAAAAGAGGUUAAGGUUGGAUGCAAAAUGUUGGGAACUGUCCAGUCAGUCCAGUACCGUAAAGUGGAGAGGGAUACCAUUGACAGUAUGAUACCCGAACAUACGGAAGAGGAUCAAUACAUAUGUCCUUCCUGCAAAAUAUUCACAGCAGCUGAUCCACAAUCUGUUCGGGAACAUCUAUUAAACGCAGGGCGCCCUGGUGGAUGCGUAGGAUCAGCUUGUGGAAUCCGUGUACGGUUGGACAAUGGAAUGACUGCUUUCUGUCCGAACAAGUUUAUUUCGUCAAGCCAUGUAGACAAUCCUUUGACUCGAGUCAAACUCAAUCAACCCUACUGGUUUAAAGUGAUGGCAAUCAACAAAGAAAAGUUUUCAAUUUUACUAAGCUGUAAGAGUAGUGAUCUGAAAGAAGACGCCCCAGCCGAACGUGACGAUUUCUGGGAUCAACAACAGUAUGAUGAUGAUGUUGCUGCGAUGAAGAAGGAGACGACGAAAAAGAAAGAUGCAGAUACUCGAGUGAAAAGAGUUAUUGCUCACCCGAAUUUCCACAAUGUUUCUUAUGAAGCCGCUACUAAGAUGCUUGAUGAGAUGGACUGGUCUGAUUGUAUCAUUCGUCCUUCUGCUAACAAAGAAUCUGGACUCUCGGUCACUUGGAAAAUUUGCGACCGUAUCUAUCAUAACUUUUUCGUCAAGGAAUCGGCAAAAGAUCAAGUUUUCUCAAUUGGACGUACACUUUCCGUUGGUGGGGAAGAUUUCGAAGAUUUAGACGAACUGAUUGCCCGAUUCGUACUCCCCAUGAUUCAAAUUUCCCAUGAAAUUACAACUCACAAAUACUUCUUCACACAAGGAACUAGUGAGGAUACAGAUCAAGUUGAAACUUUUGUACACGAGAAACGCCGAGAAUUGGGACGAUCGCCGUAUGUCUUCAGUGCAUCAUACAGGCAACCAUGCCAAUUCUGCAUCUCUUAUAUGUUCGACAAUUCCAAUCGAAUCCGUCAUGAACAUUUCAAAAUCUCGCCAAGAGGAAUCCGGUUCCGUCAACAGAAUUUCGACUCACUGGAUAGGAUGAUGGCUUGGUUCAAACGUCAUUUUAACGAGCCACCGCCAGGAAUACGAAGUUCUCUUUCGUACCGUCCCACCGGACGUACUGGACCUCCUCCAUCUGCUCCAUACCAGCAACCACCACAACAACAAUACUAUCGUUGA